AUGGCCUCCUCAAAGAGUUUCGUCAGGGCUCGAAGAGACCGUCGCGCCAACGGCGAGCUUCAUGAUUACGCGGCCACUUGUGCUUACGCGCCUCGUCCUCGUCACUCUCACCAGGAAUUGCAAACUUCGAGGCCAUUGACACACCGCCCACCGAUCCCAACCACACAAAGUUCCGCUUCGCUGAUCACUCGACAAACGCACACGAGAACGAAUUCCUACUCCGCCCUGAGCGCCUCCCUCAAUGCUAGCCAUCGUGUCACUCGUCGGAAGAGCAUGACGAGCUCUGCUGCCAAUGCGGCGGCCGUUGCGGCGGCGCUCAGCGGAGCGACCGAGUUAAUAGGAGAAAAAACAACCGUGGGACCCGUUGCCAUCAGUGGACGCCGUAACACCCUGACAAAGUCCGGCAUCUCCCGCGCCAUGAUGGCCGCAAGCCUCCCUACUGAACAGGCUGGCAGCCUUUCGGUCCCAUCCAAGGAGGCCGAAGUUCAGGAAAAAGAGGUUAACCUCGAUAUGUUGGAGAGUGCGAUUGACGACGAGCCGCUCGAGACCCUUCCCGACAAUCCCGAGACACCGUCGCAGGACGGCAGGAUGCGUCGGGCUAGUGAUGGUCAGCCCUUGGUAAAAGAGGGAGGCAGCAGGAAAAUAAACCGAGUUGAGCUCCGUUGCGACAAGUGGGAGCACACUCCUGAAUGGUCGUAUACCUCCAAGCUUUUGAUAUCGAAGCACCAGCAGGUCCAGCUUCUUGAAGCGGCCUCUGUGCUCGUAACCAUGAACAAUGUGUCAGAGACGACGACUCCACCAGAACAAGCGAACGAUUACGCUAGCGAUCGGGAUUCUGCAUCCCCUGCAGCUUCGGGUUACUCUGAACUGAUGGAUGGUCGCAGCUCGGCCGACACGACACCGCCGCCUCAGUUGGACGGGUCGUAUAAUAUAAUAUCGAAACGUUACAGCAACGGUAGUGGCUUUGGCCGAUCAUACCAGUCGGCCGUGUCCGUAGCGUCCCUGGCGAGCAGCGCCCCCAAUGGACACGGGCUCGGUCAUGGUGGCCACUUCCGCCAGCUGAGCCAGGAGCACCGUCCGCCAUCUUCGGGCAAAAAUGCCACUGGUCAGGAGGAUCAGGAUCUCGCUGCUGCCGUUGAACUUCUUAGCUGCAGCUUCAACAGCAACAACGGCCAUCGUGCUGUGCACCUCCCUCCAGAUGCCCCUCCGGUCCCACCGCUUCCUGCACAGUAUCUUGAGCAAGCAACCGGGGCAGGGUUUAUCAACAGCUUUCCAAGGCACGCUCCUGAGAGCUUCCUCCGAGGGUCUCGACUCGAAAGCGAGAUGCGGCACCGUGGCGAUGUCAACAUGGAAGAGAGUGCUGAUAGUACGAUGGACGAUGAUGACGAUGACUCGAGAUACCGGGCUCGAAGUGAAGAUGAUGACGACGGCGUGUUCGGUCGCAUGGAGGUGGAAUAG